CCCGGAAUUACAACUCCCAGCCUGCCCCAGGGCUCUUUCGCCCUCUCGAGCCCAGGUCUGUGUUGCUCCCCUUUUUGAAGACAGGUUUUAUGUUGGCCCUUCUCCAGCCUUGUGGCACCUCACCAUCCUCCCAGAGUUGUCAAAGAUCGUUGUUAACUGUUCCAAGAUUGCUUCAUCUAAUUCCUCAGGCUGCAGCGUAACAUCCAUGUUUUGCUCCAGCUCAUUCUGUCCUUCCAGGGACCAGGGAAAGGAAAUGGCUGCAGUGGAGCCAUUUGAGGAGCCAAUGGCCUUCGAGGAGGUGGCUGUGUAUUUCAGCAAAGAAGAGUGGGCUCUGCUGGACCUCACUCAGAGAGCUCUCUACAGAGACGUCAUGCAGGAGAACUAUGAGAACGUGACCUCUCUGGGGUUUCCAGUUUCCAAACCUGAUGUCACCUCCCAGCUGAAACAAGGGGAAGAACCAUGGGCCCCAGAUCUCCAGGGCUCAGAGGAAAGCGAGAUCCUGAGAGGCAUCUUCACAGCAGGUGCUAGACUGGGGAGUGAGACCAUGGAGCAGAAUCCUCAGCAGGAAGAUGAUGAGGAAGUGGAACCACAUGGCACAUUAUUGCAAAGAUGCAAAGGGAGUGUGUCCGGGAGUUGUGAUCAGGGAAAAGCCAGUGAGAGUCAGCACAUUCCAGAGAGGUGGCAGGGGAACCAGCCAACACAGAAAGUUGGUCAAUCUGUUUAUUAUCGGGGAACUCGUAAACGUCUCAAGGAAACCACGGCCCAGCAGAGAAUCCCCAUGGGAGAGAGAAAUAACACAUGUGUUGAGUGUGGGAAAAACUUCAGUAGGCACUCACACCUUAUUAGACAUCAGAGAAUCCACACAGGGGAACGCCCCUAUGAAUGCUGUGAGUGUGGGAAAACCUUUGCUCGGAUCUCAACCCUUAAUAAUCAUCAGAGGAUCCACACAGGGGAGAAACCCUAUGGAUGCUGUAAGUGUGGGAAAACCUUCACUGAGCGCUCAAACCUUAUUCAACAUCAGAGAAUCCACACGGGGGAGAAACCCUAUGAAUGUUGUGAGUGUGGGAAAACCUUCACUCUCAGCUCUCAUCUCAUUAGACAUCAGAGAAUCCACAAAGGGGAGAGACCCCAUGAAUGCUGUACGUGCAGGAAAACCUUCACUGAGCGCUCAAACCUUAUUCAGCAUCAGAGGAUCCACACAGGGGAGAAACCCUAUGAAUGUUGUGAGUGUGGGAAAACCUUCACUCGGUGCUCAACCCUUAUUAAACAUCAGAGAAUCCACAAAGGGGAGCGGCCCUAUGAAUGCUGCCAGUGUGGGAAAACUUUCACUCGGCGCUCACACCUUAUUCAGCAUCAGAGUAUCCACAAAGGGGAGAGACCCCAUGAAUGCUGUACGUGCAGGAAAACCUUCACUGAGCGCUCAAACCUUAUUCAGCAUCAGAGGAUCCACACAGGGGAGAAACCCUAUGAAUGUUGUGAGUGUGGGAAAACCUUCACUCGGUGCUCAAGCCUUAUUAAACAUCAGAGAAUCCACAAAGGGGAGCGGCCCUAUGAAUGCUGCCAGUGUGGGAAAACUUUCACUCGGCGCUCACACCUUAUUAGACAUCAGAGGAUCCACAAAGGGGAGCGGCCCUAUGAAUGCUGCCAGUGUGGGAAAACUUUCACUCGGCGCUCACAUCUUAUUAGACAUCAGAGGAUCCACACAGGAGAGAGACCCUACGAAUGCUCCAAGUGUGGGGAAUUCUUCCCUCAGAGCUCAGCCCUUAUUUGUCAUCAGAGAAUCUGCAAGGGAGUUAAAGACCAUAAAAACAUUGUCUAGGGCUAAGAAAAGAUUCUGUUUUCCAUUUGCUAAUUCCCACAUACUGAACUUUAAAGAAGCAUUUGUCUCACCAUGGUCUCUCAACUCCCCCACCUGAGUUGUCUGCUUUUCCCUUUUGCAGCUUACCUUUCCUUGGGUUGAAUCCCACACUCUUUUUCAUCAACUCCUUUGUGCUAUGUCAUGGAGGUGUGUGUCCCUCCAAUAGGAAUGUCCAUCAGCCCUAGGUGGGGGAACUAGAAGUGACUUGAACUAGGUACAUGGAGGUUAAAUUUACCUGGACCUUGACUCCACUAGGAUUUUCCAUGGUGUUAGCUAGCUUGAGUUCACUAUCCUGAUAUAAAAACUAGGACUGUUUAGCAAUGAAAUAAAAUUAAUCGUACUUAAUCGUGAAAUUAAAAAAAA